AUGACUCUUAAUCCCAAGAUAGCUCUUUGGCUUACUGAGACAAGAGUUAUUGAUGGGGCAUUCGGAACUGAGGCUGCAAGAUUAUCCCGCCUGAAAAUAGAUGGACACGCAUCGUGGAGUUCGAGGCUCAUUAAAGACGACCCAGAACUGGUUAGAUCGAUUCACGAAAGCUUUCUAAAAGCAGGAUGCGAUAUUAUAUGUACAAAUACCUACCAAGCAUCAACUUCGACAUUGGCCAAUAGCAUGGAUAUAGGUAAAAAAGAGGCUGCUGAAUUAAUGCACCACUCCGUGCGUAUCGCAAGAAGAGCCAUUGAUAAUGUGAGGAAUGAGGAGAAAGAGUGCCUUCAACUAAAUGAAGCAAACCAAAACAUGAAAACCUGUGGACUGGCCAAUGCGAAACGAGGACGCAAUUCUCUUUUCAACAGGCUAUUAGAACCCCUUAUCGCUGGAUCAUUAGGCCCAUACGGAGCAUGCCAGGCCAACGGAUCAGAGUACACAGGUUAG